AUGGGUGAAGAGCCAACGGAAAAUGAAGAUCCAGCGCCGAGACGCAGAAAAGUUCAGCUCGAUGAUUCCGAAGUAUUUGAGGAAUGUCACGAACAAGAUCGAUUCGCGGAUGCUGGAGCGUACACCACCGAAGGCGAGCCGGAUGGUGAAAUUACAAAGGAGAGAAUGGUGAAACGCAGGACUCGUCGCCAGCUGGAACGAAUUCACUUCCAAAUGGUUAAUGAGAGAGUUGUCGAAGACAUUACUGUUGAUUUCCUGUAUAAGCCUCAUACCUUAUCAAUUCUUGGCAUUAUCGCGGUUGCCAUUUCUUAUAAAGCAUUCACCGGAACUAGCAGUGUCUCAACGGAACAAAAUGUGUACGAAGGAUUGCUGGGAUGCCUUGCUAUGUUCCUUGUGGUUAGCGCACUCGCGUUUCCAAAUGGGCCAUUCAUUCGACCGCAUCCAGUCCUUUGGCGUGUGAUUUUCGGAGUGUCAGUGGUUUAUUUGAUGAUACUCCAAUUCACGAUAUUUCAAACAUAUGCGGAUAUCAAGAAAGUUUUGGGAUGGUUGGAUCCAAAAGGAUUGGCCCAUGAAACGCUUGUGGAGAAGGAGUACGCCAUCAAUUGCUCCGAUGUGAGCAUGGAGCGUAUUUGGAGUCAUAUGGAUAUUUUCGCCGUUGGUCAUUAUUUGGGCUGGGCUAUGAAAGCCUUGCUGAUCCGUCAUGGUAUCAUAUGUUGGUAUAUUAGCAUUGCCUGGGAGCUCACAGAGAUCGUCUUCACACAGUUGCUGCCAAACUUUGCCGAAUGCUGGUGGGACGCCCUAAUUCUCGACGUUCUUCUAUGCAAUGGAUUGGGAAUUUACAGCGGUCUUAUGAUCUGCAAUUGGUUCUCAAUGCGUCAAUACUACUGGGAGAGCAUCAAGACUAUAAAGACAAAUCGCGGGAGAUUCAAGAGAAUGGUUAUGCAGUUCACACCAGAAAGCUGGUCAACUUUUGAUUGGUAUUCGUUUACUGGGACCAUAAAGCGUACAAUGGCAAUUUACCUUUUUGUGCUCAUAUGGCUUCUCACCGAAUUGAACACCUUCUUCAUGAAGCAUAUCUUCGCCGUGGACACAAAACAUCCAGUUGUAUUUUGGCGAUUGAUUUUGAUCGCCCUUAUCGCCGCUCCAUCUAUCAGACAAUUCUACCAGUACUGUACCGAUCCUUUGAUCAAUCGUCUUGGUAUGCAAUGUUGGGUCUACUUGGCGGUGUGCUUCCUUGAAGCUGGAAUCUGCGUUAAGUUUGGAAUGUCAAUGUUCCCAAGUGUUGCUCUUGGACCCAUUUUCGCCUGGAUUGUGUUCUUGAUAGUGGGCACAUUCUGCAGCGUUUGGUUAUCCGUCUGGUGGGCAAAUAAAUCAUCGGCUACUGAAUGUAUUAACGUUGAUGGUGAAGAACGUGCAAUUUAUCUCGACUCUUCUCACGAGAAUCUCGGCGCAAUUCAGGAAGACGUUCGUCGUCGUCGCCGCGAUUUGGGCAUAUCGGAGUCGGACUUUAAUUAA